AAAUUGGCAGCCGUCGUCUCGACUCAACCAGUAGCACGCCAGCCUUCAGCCUUCUCCUUCCUUCGGCCGCCCGCCUCUCCACUCCUCCACCCACCGCCAUGGCCAACCUCCAUCUCCUCCCCCUCCUCCUCCUCGCCCUCCUCUCCCCCGCCGGCGCGGCCUCCGGCGAGGCGCACGCCUCCGCGGUGGUGGCAGAGAAGGGCCUGGACUUCGCCAAGGGCGUGCUGAUCGGGGAGGCGGUGCGGUCGCUGACCCCGCUGCGCCUCCCCGGCGUGGAGAAGGCCGUGCGGGUGCCCUUCCUGGGCGCCAUCCGCGUCGCCGCCACCAACAUCACGCUCUUCCACCUCGACGUCGGCGACGACUCCGCCAUCCACCCCGGGGACACCGCCCUCGUCGUCGUCGCCUCCGGCGUCAGCGCCAACCUCAGCAUGGCAUGGAGCUACUACUACGAUUCCUGGCUCUUCCCCAUCGAGAUCUCCGACAGAGGCACCGCUUCUAUCCUGGUUCAAGGAAUGGAAGUUGGUAUAACCAUGCAAAUUAAGAAUUAUAACGGGAGUUUGUCUCUCUCUGUGUUGCAAUGUGGAUGUAAUGUCAAGGACCUAGUGAUAUCCCUGGAUGGUGGAGCAUCUUGGUUUUAUCAGGGGUUAAUAAAUGCUUUCGAGGACCAUAUUAGAGCUGCAGUUGAGAAGGCAAUACCAGAAAAUAUUAUUGACGGCACAUCCAAACUUGACUCGUUGCUUCAAAGCCUUCCUAGGAGUGUCAAUCUGGACAAUAUUUCUGCUUUGAACAUGACUUUUGUUAACGAUCCGCAGUAUGGAAAUUCCUCAAUUGAGUUUGAUAUCAAUGGAUUAUUCUCUUCUGCAACUGCUAAGCUUAGCAAUUCGCAGAAGCAUCCCCAACUUUCAUUAUCAUGUGGUGGGGCAUCCAAAAUGCUUCUGCUUUCACUUGAUGAAGCUGUUUUCAAUUCUGCAUUAGAGGUUUACUUCAAGGCAGGUUCAAUGCAUUGGGUAGUUGACAAAAUUCCCGAUCAAUCUCUACUAAAUACAGCUAGUUGGAAAUUUAUCAUUCCUCGCUUGUACUGGAGCUAUCCCAAUGAUGACAUGCUGUUAAACAUUUCAAUGGCUUCACCCCCGGUGAUGAGGAUUACGUCUGAAAAGAUUGGUGCUACUAUAUAUGCGGACAUGAUAAUUGAUGUUUUACAUGACAAAGAGACAAUUCCAGUUGCAUGCAUCUCUGUAGUAGUAAGUGCCUCAGGUGUCGCAGAGGCAGCAGGCAAUAAAGUAUAUGGUAAGGUUGAAUUGGGCAAUUUCUCCCUUGCCUUGAAGUGGAGCAAAAUUGGUAACUUCCACAUGUCAUUGAUUCAGGGAGUGAUUCGUGUUUUCUUGAACACGGUUUGCAUGCCCUAUUUGAACUCACGGCUGGGGCAUGGAGUUAUCUUACCUGUGGUCCAUGGUUUCACACUCAAAGACAUCUACGUUCUUACUUCUCCUGAGAAGUUGACACUUUGUUCUGAUGUUGCCUUCGCUAAUGCAAGCAGCCUGGCAACUUUACCAAUUUUGAGAUCCCCUCGGGUUUUAUAGGGUAUAUGUGUACCUCACGUUUGGGCCAAAAAGGGCCUUGGGCAUAAUAGUAAGUGCACACUUGUACAUAUACAUCUGUACAUUAAGAUAAAUGUACAUAGUUUCUCCUUCAUUGAUAUAUUCACAUUCAUGAUUCAUUUAUACAAAUUCUCUUCGUAUGUUCUUUUUAA